GCCUCCGCUCAGCCAGCAUCGGCCAGCGCGCCGCCGCCACCGCCUAGCGAGCACCGGCUCCCGCCCGCCACCGCUGCCCGGCGAUGCCCGAAGUCCCCGCUGUCCGCGCCUGGCCGCUUCUGCUCUCGCUGGCCCUUCAGCUCGGCUCAGCCGCUGGCGCUCCCCAGCCCUGGCGCUGCGCGCCCUGCUCCGCCGAGAGGCUGGCGCUCUGCCCUCCCGUGCCCGCCUCGUGCCCGGAGCUCACCCGGCCCGCCGGCUGCGGCUGUUGCCCCACGUGCGCCCUGCCGCUGGACGCCGCAUGCGGCGUGGCCACUGCGCGCUGCGCCCAUGGGCUCAGCUGCCGCGCCCUGCCCGGGGAGCCUCGGCCCCUGUACGCCCUCACCCGCGGCCACGGCGCCUGCAUGCCCGCGCCCAGCGCCGAGGCCACAGAGGCAGAGGACCCUGCCAUCCCAGAGAACGUGUCCCCUGAGAGCUCAGAGAUGACCCAGGAGCAGCUUCUGGACAAUUUCCACCUGAUGGCUGAGUCCAGUGAGGACCUGCCCAUCCUCUGGAACGCCAUCAGUAAUUAUGAGAGCAUGAAGGCUCUGGAGACCACUGACAUCAAAAACCGGAAGGAGCCCUGCCAGCGAGAACUCUACCAAGUGCUGGACAGAUUAGCCAGGGAGCAGCAGAAGGCAGGAGACAAACUUUACAAAUUUUAUCUGCCAAACUGCAACAAGAAUGGAUUCUAUCACAGCAAACAGUGCGAGACAUCCCUGGAAGGAGAGCCUGGGCUCUGCUGGUGUGUCUACCCUUGGAGCGGGAAGAAGAUCCUGGGGUCCGUGGUAAUCAGAGGGGACCCCAAAUGCCAUCAGUAUUUUAACUUACAGAACUGAAAACAGAUGCAAUAUGAUCUGUUCCUUCACAUGAAAUAUUUAAGUACAUACGAUAUUUAUACUCUGGAAUACACACACACUUUUAUAUAUAUAUAGAUGUGUAUGUGUAUAUAUAUAGGAAUUACUUUUUAUACUCCACAUAUUACUUGAUAUAUAAAGCUGUAGUUUA